AUGGAGAGGCUCUUCAGUAAAGAAGUGGACAAGCUGGUAAAUGCGAUAACACAGCUGGAUGCAUCGUCAGACGCCCCUGUCACAGAGAAAGAGCUAAAGCUAGUCCAGGAAAUAGGAGAUACUGCCAGAAGACUAGACAUCAUAUACUCUGUGGUAAUAAAUGGCUUUGAGUCAGAGAACAUGAAGGCAUCGGCAGCCCUGUACAGCAUAACAGAAGAGCUUCACAAAGAAAUGGAGGAUAAAGAGGUGCUGAUAGAAGAGAGCAAGAGAAUAGUGGGCAGUACAGACAUAAAAGUAGAAAGCAUCAUAGAGUAUGCAAAGACUCUUUCCAUCCACAGCAAGUGUCCUUUGCUUUGGACAGAAGACAUGCCCCUCGACAGAUUUCCAGCCUACCCCACAGACAGCCUAAUACAGCAGUCAAUACUAAGAGACCAGGAAAAAACAGCAUAA